CCACUCUGGAUGGACUACGUUUCGAAAUCUCUUCCAACUCAGGUUGAGGUUUAUCCCAGUCUCACGCUGACUAUGAGAGAAGUGACCGAGAUGAGCAGUGUUUCCUUGAAAGUGAGCAUUAAUCCUGCAAUAGCAAAAGAUCUUAAGAAUGGAAAUCUUUUAUGUAUGAUCUGCAAUACUCAGGUGAAAAGUAAAAUUUGGACAGCACAUUCGAACGGUCGUAAACAUCGUGAAAAUAUUGAAAGAUUGAAAAAGCGUCAUGCGGCUAGCACUCAGUUGGCACUCAAACGACCACCUCCGGAGUUGGAUCCUCAAGAGGCAUCUCCGUCUAGUGCACCUGUUAAAAAGUCCAGAGGUAAACAACACUUUUCACGUAAUAUGAGNUUUUUCUACAGCAAACAUUUUGUACCUCUAAAAGGAAGCCUGACUUGGUCACUUUCUGUUAUAUAG